ACUCGAUUUAGUGUAACGAACAUUAUUUAUUGUAACAAAAUUAUAUUUAAUGCUCGAUUAAAUGAACUCCAGCCCAUUUGAAUGCGAAUUCUAUUGUAUGAGCGAAAAGUUGUGGUGGGGGGAAACAGUGAACUCUUAUUAUAUGAACUGCAGUUGUAUGAACUAUUUGUCCGAUGGGUUCAGAUAAAUGAAGUUUCACCGUGUAAUUUAAUGAUCUAUUAUACCAUAUAACAUAUAUAUAUAAAAAAAAAGAAAUUUCAAUAUGCCAUGGAUGAACACAACAAUGAUCCUUAUGAACAACAGCUUUAUGCUGUGUUUCAAAGUUGUUUAACAAAAGGAGAAACUGAACUACACGAGGAUAAUUGGGCCAAUUUGUGUCAUAAGUUACAUCUGACGGAGCAAAGUGAAGAACUAAGAUCAUGCAUACAACAAUAUAAACAAGAAAAACAAUCCAUAUCAUUCCAGGAAUUUAGAGCUGCUUUAUUAACUUUGUUAGACAAAACUCAAGAUUCAAUUACAGAGGCAGAAAAAGAUAAUAUAAUAGAAUCACAAAAUGAUACAAAUCCACAUAUUAUAGAUAAUAAAAAAUGUAAUUCUUUAAUACCUAAUAAUUCUAGUUCUAAUGUUGAUUUUUUAAAUAGAAAAACAGGUGUGGCAUUGGAUGAAAAUAGAUUGAAAUGUUUAUGGGAAAAAAUAAAUACCUGCUUAAAAGAAAAUGUAGACUCUGCAACAAUUUUUUUUAUAUCUAACUGUUUAGGAAUUCCAGCUCUUCCGAAACAAAUCUCACAGUGUAUUUUUGAGAAACUUGAUCAGAAUUGUGAUGGAUUAAUUAGCUUGGAUGAAUUUCUUGUUAUAUUUCAAAAUAAGGCAAUGGAAGAUGAAUUAACGUUAGAGAAGAAUAAUCAAUCUACAAAUGAAUUAACUAAAUUAGACUUUAGAAAACGAAACUUCGACAUUCAUCCUUCUCGCAAGACUAGUUUUACAAGGAAUAAUGCUUUUCUGGAUACAUGGAAACUUUCAAAUACAGAUGGGAAUUUUAAAACAUCUGAAAUUUCUUUAACUGAUUUAACAACUACUUUAUGUGAUGAAUUAAAAAAUUUUAAUGACUCAUUAGGUCAUUCUGCAAUUCGAUCUCAUAUAAUGUUAUUGCGAGAUGUUCUUAUACUAUAUCAAGAAGAAUUACAUAAUUUAAAUCUUGCAAUAGAAAAUGUAAAUGGUGAAAAAGAAAAGUUACGUACUGAUAUUAUAGAAGCUAAUGAACGUGCAAACACUCUUGCUCAAGAGAUUGACGAACAACAUGUCCGACAAGAAGAAAUUGUUCAAAAUUUACGAAAACAGAUUGAACAACGACAUGCUGAAACUAUUCAAGAUCUUUCAAGUCAACUUACUUCUGAACGAGAAAUGAGUGCCAGUAUUCUGAAAUUAAAGGAAGAUCAAAUACAAGUAUUGCAAAAAGAGAACUACGAGAUUAGAAAUAAAUUUGUAAAUACAUUGCAAGAAAAUCAAGUUUUAGAAAAUGAGAAUGAGAAUCUUCGUAAUCAAAUUGAAAAACUUAAACAAUCAAACAAUGAGUUUUUAACUCAAAUAAAAAUGUUGGCGGCAGAGCACGAUGAGUCGCAAAAUAUAGAAAUAAAACAUCAACAAGAAGUUAUAUACUUGGUAGAACGUAUCAAACAGUUGCAGUCAGAAGCAGUUCUUUUACAAGAUCAAAAUGAUGAACUUACAGCAGAAUUAGAAAGUUUAAAAUUGCAUGAUCAUACUACAAAUACAAGACAAAAUAAUUUUUCUGAUACUCAUACAGCAAAAAAUACACAGUCCAAUGAAGCUGAAAAUAAGGAAACAUUUAUAAUCGAAGAAGAUGACUUAGAUGUUGUUUUUAAACAUUCCAUGUCUCCAUCUUGUAAUUCCAAUGAAAAUGAUAAUACGGAAAAUUAUAAAAAGAUAGAUUUAAAACAAUUUAAAGAUAUAGUUAUAAAACAGUUAAAAAGUAUUUUAGUUAAUAAUAAUAAGUGUACAUUAGAAAAUUGUGCAUUUAAAGAUGAAGUAUCAGGAAUGAUUAUGAGAUUAAAAUCCAAUUUAAAUACUCAAGUUUUCAAAGAGCCUGAAUUUAUCAAAAGUAUUGCAUCUGAAAUGGAAACAGAAUCUGAAGAAAAAACGAGCGAUUUUAUUAUUUCUAGACAUAAGAAUUCCGUUUUUCUUAAUUCUAAACGAAUAGUAACAUCCAAUAGUAAUGAUAAUAAUUAUGAUGUUGAUUAUUUUAGUAAUCAGGAUAUGAAAUGUUCAUCACAAAAUAAAAUUUCAAGUCUUAGAGAUUAUCCUCCUCGUAAAGAAGAACACAUAAAUGCAGAUCAUUUAAAAUCAAAUAAGGAGAAAGAUAUUUUAAACAAUAUCGCAAAAAUUACUAAUGAAGUUGGUACAAGAACUAAUUCAAGUUUAAUAAAAAAUGAAUUGUCUGAAAAUGUUUCCUUAAAUUUAAAGUUAAAAGAGAUUGAAACAACUCAUGCUGCAGAAAAAAAACAAUUGAUUGAACAAUGUGCAGAAUUAGAAAGAAGUCUUGAAAUGUUAAAGGCAGAAUAUGAAGAGUGUGAAGAUUACUGGACUGCUAAAUUAGAAGAAGAAAGACAACUUUUUGAACAGGAACAAAAAAUUAGUGAUGAAAAAUUUUCAGAACUUAUAGCUAAGAUGGCAGAAUAUGAAGAACUAAUUAGUCCAAUAGACAAAGUAAAAAAUAAUGGGCGAUUAUCUCCAAUUGAAGAAAAGUUUAAUUUAGAACAACAAUAUUUAGACCUUGAAGAGGAAUUUGAAAAAUGGAAAAGACAAAUGGAAGAAGAAAUUUCUCAAAAAGAUAGUGAAAUUAAAGAUUUACACGAGAAAACAAGGUCUUUAGAACGACCUAUAAUGAUUGACGUAUCUACACAAGUUACAGAUGAAUUCAUUUUUCCGUCUUUAUUAACACGAUCAAAUUACGUACAUAAUGAUUCAUUCAAUAGUCAGCAGGCCAGUGAAUCGGUUUCAAAAUUAGUUCAAUGUACUGAUAAUAUUCGCAAUUUGCCUGAAGAAUUUAAAUUUAAUAGAAUUCUAGAAUCUACCACCUCAUCAAAUGAUUUCUCUCCACGAUUAUCGAAAGAUGAUAUAAAUGGUGACAAUUGUGAUUUACACCAGAUAUAUACCCAUUAUCAUCACAAUGCGGAAUACUAUUUUGUAUAUGAACAGAAUACGUUAAAGUUACAAAAUUUAAGAGUUCCAAAUUGUCAGUGCAUGCCAAAUGAUGCACAAGUAAUUUGUAUAAAUAUUGAUGUAUUACACAAUUUAAGUAUGAAGCUUCAGGCACAAGAGCGUAAAAAACAGCAGUUACAAGAAUGUUUUAAGCAACAACAAUACCACACUGAACGUAUAUUACAACAUAUUAUGUCUCAACAUCAAACAGAAAUAUCUCAAUUACAAUGUCUUCUUCGUAGUACUCAAGAAAGACUUCAAAAAGAAUUUCAAACAAAUGUAGAACAGGCUGAACAAUUGACACGAAAUGAUGUAUUAGUAGAACACUUAUAUACUGAAAAUGCCCGCUUAACAGCGAAUUUAAAACGUUUACAGCAACAUUAUAAAAUGCUAACAGGAUUAAAUGCUGAUUUAACUCCAAUAUGAUAUUACAAUCAAUUAUUAAUAUAUGAAAGACAGAGUUUUCUUAAUAAAAUAUUAGUAAUAAUGCUAAUAUUUUAAUUUCGGAGUGUAAGUCAGGGAUAGAUAUUCUAUCUCAAUUGUUAAUUGUGAUACAUGCUAUUUUUUUUUUUAAUUACAGUAUCAGAACAAGAAUAAAUUUUUUAUGACACUGCUGAUGUUAAAUUAUAAGGUAGUUAAAAAAGCAGUUAUUUUUUUUAUUUGUAUCAUAUUUUCAUUUAGCAUUUUGAAAUAUAUACAGAUAUAUUAGUAUGCGUAUAUAAUGUCGUAAUGAUUAUAUAUACAUAUAUUUUUUUGGUUUUUAUCUUGUGUAUAUAUGUAGAGAGAAAUUAUAUGGACAUACAUCAUAACAUCGACGACACAAUUUAUUAUAUAUCAUAAUAUAGUAAUAUCAUGUAAUGUGAUAAACAGAAAAUGUUGUUUUGUCUUGAAAAUAAUGUAUUAUAAAAGAAAAUGUAUGAAAUUAUCAGUCAUAAAAAAAAGUUGAAGUAAUUAGAAAUUUAUAUUUGUGUUUAAAAUUAACAGUAUCUAUUAUUAAGUUUAAAUUGUUUUUAAUGUAACCAGAAUUUGAAAAAUUAGUACAUUCAUUAUUGAAACACUUUAUAACGUUAAUAAUUAUCGAUAGAAACAUAUAAUCUGCCUUAUAAUUUGUAAGUUACAGUAUA